CGCGGGGGCCGGGCAGAGCCGGGGCCGGGGGAGGAGCUGCAGGAACAACCCGGCAGAGCCGGGGCUGGGCCAUCAGACUGUGGUGCAUCUGGACACCAUGAAGGACCCGGUCCCAGACAAGGAGGCAGGAGGCGGAAAACAGGGGAGCCAGAAGGAGAAAGACCAGAGCUGGAUUCCCAAGAUCAUCAAGAAACGAAUAUGCACCACCUUUGUUGAGGACUCUUUCAGCAAUGGAAGGUUGUGUCAGUGUGGAGGAGUACGGGAUAAUCAUGACUCCGUGGCAACAGGGGACUUCUUCAGCGCAGCCAUGGUUACGCAGUGGGACAGUCGGCAGCACUCGUCCGAAUACCCCACCGAUGCUUUUGGAGAGCUGGAGUUUGCUGGCGCUGGACGCAGACACAGCCACUUUCUGCGGCUUUCGUGUGACACGCCACCGCAGAUCGUGUUCACCCUGAUGACGGCCCACUGGGGCCUGCCUUCGCCCAACCUGGUGGUGUCGGUGGUGGGGGGUGACGGCCACGAGAAGCUCAAACCCUGGGUGAGGGAUGUCCUGAGAAGUGGGCUGGUCAGAGCUGCGCAGAGCACAGGGGCCUGGAUCCUGAUGGGGGGUCUCAGAGAGGGCGUGUCCCGCUGUGUGGGGGAGGCGGUGAGGGACCACUCCGCUGCAGCUCCAGCUCUGUGUCAGAAGAAGGUCAUCGCUGUGGGACUGGCCCCCUGGGGCCUCGUGCACAACCGGCAGCAGCUUGUCAACGCUCAGGGCAGCUUCCCUGCUCGCUACUAUGUCCAGAACACAACACGGGACUCCAACUGCCUGGACAACAACUGUCAAGCUUUCCUGCUGGUGGAUGACGGGAGUGUGGGCCGGAGGGGGGGAGAAACAGCCUUCCAUGCUAAUCUGGAAGACUACAUCUCCCACCAGCGCACAGGAAUCUGGGGUAGUGGCAGCAUUGAGAUCCCAGUGCUGUGCAUGCUGAUCUCAGGAGACGCCAGCAUGCUGGAGAGAUUAGACGCGUCUCUGAAGAAAGCCACACCCUGGCUGGUCCUGGCCGGCUCUGGUCCAGCAGCAGAUCUUAUCACGGAGCUGCUGAGCAGCCGCAGCCCGGUUCUGCUCAGUCCCACCUCCCCGACCCCGGAGGGGGACUCUCCCGAGGGGCUCUGCGCCGAGUUCUGCGAGCGGCUCCGCGACACGGUCCGGAGACACUUCCCCGCUGAGCCGGACCCGGAGAAGCUGGUGGAGAGCGCUCUGAGUAUUUAUCAGAACAGAGACCUCAUCACUGUUUUCCACGAGGAGCACGAGGGCUCCGAUGACUUUGACACAGUUCUGCUCAAAGCACUUGUUAGAGCGAGUAAACGUAUUUCCAGUAAAGCCAGUGAGUACACUGAAGAGCUGAAACUGGCCGUGGCCUGGAACCGAGUGGACAUCGCUAAGAGUGAGCUCUUCAACGGAGACAUACAGUGGAGGUUUGAAGACCUGGAGGACUCCAUGACAGACGCCUUGAUCAAUGACAAGCCCCAGUUUGUGCGACUCUUCUGCGAGAACGGCCUCAACGUCCUCGACUAUCUGACGUACAGCCGCUUGGAAGGCUUGUACCGCUCGCUGUCGGACAGCGAGCUGGCCUACGUGCUCCUGCAGAGGCUUCUGAGUGAGCGGCAGGACCUGGCCGGGUCCCAGCCCGGCCUGGAGGGAGCAGGGCCAGCGUCUCCCAAGCUCAUGCAGGAGGCCAUGGCCACGCCGGUGUCAGCCAAGGAGCUGAGCCUGUACGAGGUAUCCCGACUGCUGUGGGAUCUCUUAGGUGAUGUGUGCAAACCGUUCUACUACGGACCUCUGGGCCUCAGCCACAAAACCGGCACCAGAAGAGCGCUGAAGCAAGUGAAUAGGUUGCUGUUGGGGGAGUGUAAAUACCGGAACCAGCGCUGCCUGUCGCCCUGGGCGUCGCUCUUCAUCUGGGCCGUCCUGCAGAACCGCACUGAGAUGGCUGUUUACUUCUGGGAGAUGGCAGGAGAGUCGGUGCUGAGCGCGCUGGGAGGAUGUAAGAUUCUGAGAGAGCUCUCAAAGCUGGAAAGUGAGACGGAGAGCAAACUGGCCAUGAAAGAACUAGCGCAGAAGUUUGAGAACCUGGCACAAGAUGUGUUCGGGGAGUGUUACCAGAACAGCGAGAGCCGCUCCUUCACGCUGCUCAUCAGGAAGUCUCCCGUGUGGGGAGGAGCCACGUGUAUGCAGAUGGCCACGGCGGCCGACGCCCGCCUCUUCUUCAGCCACGACGGCGUUCAGGCUCUGCUGUCUCAGAUCUGGUGGGGGGACAUGGAGAGGAGCACCAAGGUCUGGAAGCUGGCUCUCACCUUCUUCCUGCCUCCUCUUCUCUACACACACCUCAUCAGCUUCAGGGACACAGAGGAGGAGGUCAAUACUUUGUCCGUCUUCCAAGGCAGAGACAGUGACAGCAUGGACGGGAAUGAUGCCACGGUCUUCUCCCUCGCUGACAUUGUCCAAAAUGAGGAGGACGCAGAGGAGCUGAGGGCUCUGAAGGAAAGCAUUGAAGGCUCUUCGCAGCCCAACUCCAAGAGACCGUUUAUCGUGUCACGGUGGCGACAAUUCUGGUUUGCCCCCGUCACCUCCUUCCUGGGCAAUGUGCUGAUGUACUUCCUCUUCCUGUGCCUGUUUGCCUAUGUUCUGCUGGUGGACUUCAAGCCCCCGCCCCCCGACGGCCCCACCUCUCUGGAGUUUGUGCUGUACUUUUGGGUUUUCACCUUAGUCCUUGAGGAGAUUCGGCAGACCUUCUUUGUGGGCAGUUUAUUUUUGCUCCAGAGGAUGAAAAACUACAUCCAGGAUAUCUGGAACAAGUGUGACCUCACGGCCAUUCUCCUCUUCAUUUUGGCUCUGUGCUGCAGAAUGUUUCCCUCAUCGUAUAACUUUGGUCGAGCUGUGAUGGCCAUCGAUUUUAUGGUCUUUACUCUCCGUCUGAUCCACAUCUUUGCUGUCCACAAACAACUUGGGCCCAAGAUCAUCAUUGUCGGCAAAAUGGUGAAGGACGUCUUCUUCUUCCUCUUCUUCCUGGCCGUCUGGCUCAUGGCCUACGGAGUGGCCAACCAGGCGCUGCUCUACUCCUACGACUCCCGUCCUAACUGGAUCUUCCGCAGAGUCUUCUACAGACCGUACCUGCACAUUUUUGGGCAAAUCCCCAUUCAUGAGAUGGACGUUGAUAAAAUGGAGAACAUCAACUGCACGUACAACACUACGGAGAUAGAGGCCGGGGCGGAACCGUGUCUGAACUCCUACGCUAACUGGCUGGUCGUCAUCCUGCUGGUGAUCUACCUGCUGUUCACCAACAUCGUACUGGUCAACCUGCUCAUCGCCAUGUUCAGCUACACCUUCUCUAAAGUCCAGGAGCACAGUGACACGUACUGGAAGUUCCAGCGGUACAACCUGAUCGUGGAGUACCACUCCAGGCCCUGCCUGGCGCCGCCCUUCAUCAUCAUCUCACACCUCAACCUCUUCAUCAAGAGAUACAUCCGUCGCAUUCCCUCUGUGAAGAGCCAGCACUUCGCUCUGGAGCUGCGCGGCAGGAAGGCCAGCCGGCUCAACACGUGGGAGGCCAUCCAGAAGGAAAACCUGCUCUCAGCUCAGAACAAACGGCAGAGGGAAAGCGACAGUGAGCGACUCAAACGUACAUCUGUGAAGGUGGACAGCGUUCUGAAGCAGAUGGGGGAGAUCCGAGACCACGACCGACGCCUGCAGCUGCUGGAGACGCAGCUGGAGUAUUGCUGCAGCGCCCUCUCCUGGCUGACGGAGGCUCUGUCUCAGAGUGACGCCAUCAAGACCGUCCGGCCCGCUCCGCUCAUCAAAGAUCUUUCUCCCCUGUCUCCAACCUGAUUCAAGUCCAGGAUCAACCUGGAAAAAGCACAAACAGAACAUGUUUUCUGUUAUUUCAGGGCACUGAGAUCCUGCAACCCCACCUGGACCCAGAACAUCAUCUAACCCGGGUCUGCACCUGUAAAUGUGAUCAAUAACAAGCCAGGGUUCUGGACUGAACACAACGUGUCUUGAUAUAUUGAGAUAAUGAGUUAAAACUGCACACAAACACACUUCACUCAGGGCGACCGAGCAACAAAGCACUUUGUCUGCUGUUCUGACAUUUCAUUUGUUUUACUUUUAUGUCAAAUAUGAAAAGAAUUAUAUUUUUAUCUCUGUUUCAGUAAGGCCAGCAUCUACUUCUUUCCCUUUUAGUGCUUUUUUUUAAGCCUUUUUUUAUUGUUAACCUCCACCAGAGGAAGUUGAGCAUCAGACAGAAGUGUAACCCGUCAAUGUUGCUCGACGAGCCGCGGUAACUUCUCUGCUGUAAUAAAAUAAAAUGAUGUUGCCGUCUCCAGCGUGCAGGCUGCAUCCUUUAGGGCUUCACUAAUCAAUGUCUGUGCACAGCUGAAGUAACAGAUGCUUUACUGGGAAUCUGCUUGGAGCCACUCUCUCCCAGUUUGGGGGUCACCGCCUGCGUCUAUAGCGGUGCGGCUAUUUCAGGUUUGAGGGUGUGGACAGACUGAUGGAAAUGGAUCUACAACCUGCAACCUCCUACUUGACCCCAGAUGACGACUACACCUUUAAUCACCUCAAGCUGCUUCAGUGGUUAAGGUGCUGAUUUCCACACGCAGCAGAGCUGAAACAAACGGCGAGCCACACGUCAGCGACAUUAGUACACCCGCCGUUUAAUUGGUAUGAAAGCAAGCUCAUUGGAAAUGACAUUCUAUCUCCUGCAGGGCAACAGAAAUUACUCAGGACUCAGGACGUUUGCAUGUAUCAUUCAUUUAUUUAAGAAACAUUCAAAUCAAAUGUUUAAAAAAAAACAUGUGGACAAUCCUAAGUACCCCCUAUGAGUGACCCUGUUUUUUGAUAGAAAGAAAUUAUUAGCUCUUUUUUUUUGUAUUAUCUAAACAGUCCACAGACGGCCGGUGCUUGGAGUAGCUUUUCAGGGACUCCUUUUAAAGAUUAAUA